CGCACAACCGUCAGAUCACUUCAUCCAACGGCUCUAAAAAAACCCUAAUCUCAUACCUUCUUUACUCCACUUAUAAAAACUCUCUUUGCAGCACACUCCUUCCAUUCUUCAUUUUCCUCCAUCUAUUGAGAGAGCUAGUCUGCAGAUAAUUCAUUAAGGAUGGGUAAGGAAAAGAUUCAUAUCAGCAUUGUCGUCAUCGGACAUGUCGACUCCGGCAAGUCAACAACCACUGGUCACUUGAUCUACAAGCUUGGAGGAAUCGACAAGCGUGUGAUCGAGAGGUUCGAGAAGGAAGCUGCUGAGAUGAACAAACGUUCUUUCAAAUACGCAUGGGUGCUCGACAAACUUAAGGCCGAGCGUGAACGUGGUAUUACCAUCGAUAUUGCCCUCUGGAAGUUUGAAACCACCAAGUACUACUGCACAGUCAUCGAUGCCCCCGGACAUCGUGAUUUCAUCAAGAACAUGAUUACUGGUACUUCCCAGGCCGAUUGUGCCGUUCUCAUCAUUGACUCCACCACUGGAGGUUUCGAAGCUGGUAUUUCCAAGGAUGGGCAGACCCGUGAGCACGCUCUUCUCGCUUUCACUCUUGGUGUGAAGCAAAUGAUCUGCUGUUGUAACAAGAUGGAUGCUACCACCCCUAAAUACUCCAAGGGUAGGUACGAGGAAAUCGUGAAGGAAGUGUCUUCAUACUUGAAGAAGGUCGGAUACAACCCAGACAAAAUCCCAUUCGUUCCAAUCUCUGGAUUCGAAGGUGACAACAUGAUUGAGAGGUCAACCAACCUUGACUGGUACAAGGGACCAACCCUUCUUGAAGCUCUUGACCAGAUCAACGAGCCAAAGAGACCCACAGACAAGCCACUCCGUCUACCACUUCAGGAUGUUUACAAGAUCGGUGGUAUUGGAACUGUGCCAGUGGGACGUGUUGAGACAGGUAUCAUCAAGCCUGGUAUGGUUGUGACCUUCGGACCAACAGGGUUGACCACUGAAGUCAAGUCUGUUGAGAUGCAUCAUGAAGCUUUGACCGAAGCUCUUCCUGGUGACAAUGUUGGGUUCAAUGUUAAGAAUGUUGCUGUGAAGGAUAUCAAGCGUGGGUAUGUUGCCUCAAACUCCAAGGAUGAUCCUGCUAAGGGUGCUGCCAGUUUCACUUCCCAGGUUAUCAUCAUGAACCACCCUGGUCAGAUCGGAAAUGGUUAUGCUCCAGUGUUGGAUUGCCACACUUCUCACAUUGCUGUUAAGUUCCAAGAGCUGUUGACCAAGAUUGACAGACGAUCAGGAAAGGAGCUUGAGAAGGAGCCCAAGUUUUUGAAGAAUGGUGAUGCAGGUAUGGUUAAGAUGAUGCCGACCAAGCCUAUGGUGGUGGAGACUUUCGCAGAGUACCCACCUCUUGGAAGGUUUGCUGUGAGGGACAUGCGUCAGACUGUUGCUGUUGGUGUGAUCAAGAGUGUUGACAAGAAGGACCCGACUGGAGCUAAGGUGACCAAGGCCGCAGCCAAGAAGGGUGUCAAGUGAUAUGAUAGGUGUUGUGUUUUGGUGAUCGAGUCUUUUUAUUUUCUGUCUGUUUGGAUUACUAGUUUUGGACAAUCUUAUAUUUUGUUGAAGAGUUUUUGGUAUUGGAUCUGGGAAGUUUCGUUAUGUUGGAAACUUUCCCAGGUUUGAAGACUUUUGUUGUGGUUUAAAUCUAUAGUGGUCUAUGGCAUGAGUUGGUUUUUAAAAACAUUUAAAUCUAUUUUCAACAUUUUAUCA